AUGUUGCCCACGCUGCCACCAGUCAAAAUACGCGCCACUACGCGUUCUCAAGGCUUGGGAGAGCCUGUUAAUAUCGCCCAAUACCCGCCCACGCGCCUCAGUUGCCGCACACGUCAGCGAAGCGAGUCUGACCCAGUAGACCCUACAAGCUCACCAAUCUCCGAGCUUACGCCAUCACCGCCCGACCGCACCACUGCCAUCGCUGCACUUCGGGCCCGUUUUGGUAAUCAGCCACAGUUGCCCAUGCCGCCACAUUCGUCUUCACAUUGCCCUGCCCGACUCAGGCCACCUCCAGAUAUGCCGCAAACAGAGAUCGUGCCGUACUCAGGCCGUCGCGACGGCAGCGACAUGCUCAUCACAGACUUCAUACGCGCCGUCCGGAAACAUAUUGCCCACCAUCAGUACGCCACGACCGCCGACCAGAUCGACGUGGUGAACCUGUACCUCAAACCCGACAGCCCGGCGGAGGACCACAUGCUUGCGUUGCCAGCAAACUCGCCAGCGCGGGCAUUGCUGGACGCGUACCUGGCGGAGCUGAAGGCUAAAUUUACAGGUGUCCAGGCCAUGAAGCGCUCGAAAGGGGAGCUGGAGGCCGAACUUCUCCGCUCAAAGAUCACGCUGGCCGAGCUGGCAGAAGGCACGGUGACGGACUGGCCUAUCUAUCCGACAAGUCCUGACGUGUGGCAGUGCAUGUCAAUCAGCAAUCAGUGGGCGCACGCUUCGCACACAACUGAGGGUCUCCUCAAUAUUCCUCAGCCCUGGCUAUUCACUGAUUCUGGUGCCUCUCGCAGUCUGCGACACAACAAUCAUUCUGAGCUACGUCGCACGCUCCGUGAAGAGCUAGCUGUUGCUCUCAACGACCCCACAACUCUCUCUUUCGACGACGAACACCUUUUUGACAUUGUCCCCAGCGCCCUUGCACAACACAACAACCUCUCACCGCAUUCCCCGAGCUCUCCAACGCUAUCCUGGCUCUUUGAUUCGCCUCCAACAACGCGUUCACCAUCCCCCCUUCACAACACGAAUAUUCCUUCUCAAAAUAUGGCUACUCCCACUCCCAUGCCAGCCAGAGGCGAUCGAAACGCCCCAGUCUUUGAUUCGUCCAAGCCCCACGAGUUGCGCCGUUAUUUCCUCGAUCUGGAGUUCCUUCUAGCUCGAUCUGCCGUCACUGACGCUGCCCAAAUGAAGGGGCAUGCGGUCAGAUUCCUUUCCGUCGAAGAUCAGGAGAUUUGGGAAGGUCUACCGUCAUUCUCAGACGCCAACAAAUCGUACCACGACUUCAAAUUGGACGCCCUCAGCCUCUACGCAGGGAACGACACAGAUCGUCGUUUCAGCCUCGACGAUUUGGACAUGCUCGUUGGGCAGACAUCUCGCAUGGGAAUCCACACAAAGGACGACCUCACACAAUUUUAUCGACGAUUCCUACACAUCACAACAUUCCUGAUUAGCAAACAACGACUCUCUGUGGCAGAACAGAGCCGAUUUUUCCUUCGAGCUAUGAAUCCAGCCUCGUUGUCCGUCUCAGUUCGCCAGAGACUUCAGAUCAAGAAGCCAGACGUUCACCCUGAGGAUCCAUAUGAUUUGUCAGAUCUGUACGACGCUGCUAAAUUCGUCCUUUCAGGAUCAUCGACCUUACUUCCUGGAAUGCCCACGUCUCAGCCCGGAACCGAGCUCACAAUCAAAUCAGACCCUGGAAUUACUGCACUAGUUUCAUCCGUCUCAGAUCUAGUUCGAAUAAUCGCUGCUCAACACGCCAAUCCUGGUGCCCCAGCACAAUCACAGUCCGCCAACGCCCUGCCCCGCCGUCGCCGUCCUGAUGGCUGCAGUUAUUGCAGUGAUCUCGAGCAUUUUAUCAGCCAAUGUCCCCACGUUUCGACGGAUAUUCGAGACGGAAAAUGCCGCCGCAAUGUGGAUGGGAAAGUCGUCCUCCCCUCAGGCGCAUAUGUGCCAAAUAUUGUCCAAGGAAAGGAUCUUCGAGAGCGCAUUCAGAAGUGGCAUGAAGCGAACCCAGGUCAGGCAGCAGCUCCGCAGAUGAUUUUGGAAGUUUCUCACCAGAAUUUGCUGUCUUCUGCGGCGCCUGGGCUCGUUCAAACGUUCAAACUCACGGACGAAGAACGAAUGGCAGUUCUGACGGCUGAAAUUAAUCAACUACGCACACGGGCCCAAGCUAAACGCGCUAUGGAAGUUGCUAAUCAACCAGAAGUCCCUGAACGCACUAUUCCACCGGCGGUAGCGCGAAAUCCAGUCGUUCCACCUGUUCCAAUCGAAACCGUCCCUCCUGCGACCGCCCCUGCUGCUCCAGUUGCCCCGCCUCAACCCCCAAUCCAUCCGUACGCCGCAGCUCGUGAUGGCGCUUACGCACCGCCCAAAGAACGAAAUGUUGGGAUUCCAGCGCAGAAAUCACAACCCCCACGCUCUUCGGCUCCGAUCUACAACCCCAAAGAUGCUGCAGCUGUUUUCGACGCCAUUUUGGACAUCCCUGUCACCCAGACGCUUCGCCAGACCCUGUCGAUUGCCCCAGAAGUCCGUGCUCAAUUCCGCGAAGCCACUAGUUUCCGUCGUCCCCCUGCCAAGACUGGCGAGGCAGUGCCUCAAUUCCUGCAUCCUGUCACUGAUAGCACGCCCUACGACCUUCCAUAUGCUCAGGACGACUCAGAUUUGGUCGAAAAACCAGACGUUGCCCCCAGACGCUUGGGUGGUCCCAGAUAA